AUGGAAGUAUCGAAAAUCAGUAGAAAGGCGUGCGACUUCUGUUAUGUGCGCAAGAUCAAAUGUGAUGGACAGAAGCCUCGCUGUUCACAAUGCGUCACAUACCUGAGCGAGUGCACCUAUGAAGCCCCCAGCCGCAAAGCGAGACCCAGGAAGCGCAAAGAAUCGGCCAGAACGGAGGACAGCACGGACAACAUACACAUCCGUGUCCAGCACCUGGAAGCAUUGCUCGAGAAGUUCACAAAAGGCUCAGCAGGAGCUGGUGUCGGUGCUGGAAAGCAGAAUGGGCUCUCAGUCCGGCUCCAAGAACCCGGUCCGAUCUCCUCCUUCACCUUGCCAAUAACGGCCCCAGAUCAAGUUGGGAGUACCGAUCACAAGGACAGCCCCCAUACGUCCAUGGAACUGCCUCCCCUGAGACAGGUCCUAUCUCUCGUCAAUACAUUUCUACAAAAGUUCAACACUGUGCUCCCACUGUUCCACCCCGAAACUCUUCUCCGUCUGGUUCACGACACUUGCAAACUUACCCCUCAACAACGAAGUCCAGUGGCAUGGGCGGCCAUAAAUGUCGUGCUCGGCCUCACGUACCGCCAUGGCCUUGUUGGCAGUCCACUAUCCAGGUACUCCAUCGAAUAUCUCAACCGAGCCCAGUCUGUAUUGUCAGAAGUGAUUCUGCGUGAUGUUAGGCUGCUCAAUGUUCAGGUCUUGGUGGGCAUGGUUAUACUAUUUCAAGGAUCGCAAGACUUACAACCUGCCUUGAUCUUGAUUGCCACGACCAUGCGUCUCGUACAUAGACUCGGCAUGAACGGUCGAGCAGCAUCGGCACAUCUGAGUCCCGCCCUGGCGAGCCAGCAUGCGAAUGUCUUCUGGAUGGCGUACAUCCUGGACAAAGAUCUCAGCUUCCGCUGCAAACAGCCGUCGAUUCAGCUUGACGAUGAUAUCGACCUCGCCUUACCAUAUACUCAAGCCGAAGAAGAUCGGAUUGAUGGUAUUCCUGAUACCGAUGCAGACAGUAUCGGUAGCGGCAUCGUCGCCACGGCUGAUGGAACCGUGAAGAUGAAUUACUUCGUCACUCGCAUUCAGCUGGCCGCUCUUGAAGGUGGGGUAUACGACUACCUACAUUCAGUGCGCUCUCAAAAACGCAGUCCUGAAGAUCGAUUAAACGCAUUGGAGAGUCUGUCUCGCGCUCUUGAGCAGUGGAAAGCCUCCAUUCCACCCGAGUUCACCGGCGUUGAGUGUCCUAGAAGAGUAGCUUCUGAUAAGCUCUGGUAUAUUUAUAUACUGGAUGCCACCAGUCUUUUGUGUAAGACUGCCAUUCUCCAGGUGCAUGCCUGGCAUGCCCCAUGGGUGACCAGUCUGCGAAGGUAUGGAAGAGAAGGAGAUAUCCUAGAACUGCCGCCUCAUUGGGCAACUCUGGUAGAUGAGGCACGCGAUUUGCUGGUUUUGUUUGGACACCUCGGGUCCAUCGACCGUUGGAACUUCUGGUAA